UUCUUCUAUUGGUAAGCCUAAAGGUUUUUAGGCAAAUAAACCCAAUCAAAAUGGAAAGUGCCUUGAAAGUUGGAAUAUGAAAAUCAAUCAUGGCCUAUUGUAUAGAUAAUCUAACAAAAAUGAAGGAAACUUUUAUGAGGUCAGAUUUUUUGUGUAUAAAUACUUUGCUACAAUGGAACUUAAUUAGCUACUCACCUCAUUCCUUUCUUUUAGCAUGUGCACGUAGUAAAGUACACCAUCAUGCUUUAGGGUUAUGUGUCUUUUCAGAUUAGACAAUGAUUCUUUAGUUGUGGACUUUACAUCACCACACUCCCUCUCUUGCUCUUGGUCCUCAUCUUUGUAAUUCAUCUUGAUUUUGCACCUGUGUGUUUUAUCAGUUUCUUUACGAAAAUAUUUAGCGAACUCCAUGACAGUAGCUAAAGUAAGGGGCUAUAGCAGCACACAAGUAGACUACAAAUGCAUGCUGUGCCAGGAAUGCCCAGAGCUCGUGAAAUGAGUGUUAUUGGAGCAAAAUUGGAGCGGGCGAGAAGGACAAUGCUCUAGCUUUUGGGAAUCUCGCUCCAUGCUCCAGUCAAAUUGGGUACGCUCCAGCUCCGCCCACAUACUCUGACACACACACACACACACACACGUUCACACUUACAAUACUUUGUGAAAUCUCAAUCUCUGUGUGUGUGUGUGUGUGUGUGUGUGUGUAGGAUGGUGGUGGAGUGUGUGAGGAGACACAGCUCGGUGACAGGAGAUGGCUCCCAGACCUUCAUCCUGCUGCUCGCCUCAUUGCUACGGGAGAUACAGAAACACACCCGAAAAUCACCCCGGGAAGGUGCCAAGCGUUUGGCUGAAGCUCUGCUGGCCUUCGUAUUGGACGAGCUCAGUGAUGUUAUCACUGUUGGAGUGGCUCCACCUGGCUCCUCCCGUUCAGACACACACACCCCAGGACAGACAGAUACACCCACUCUGUGCCGCCUACUCAGUGCUUUCCUUCACACCCGGAUCAGCCCUACUCAUGCGGAAAUCAUCAGCCAACUGAACUGUGAGCUGCUCUCCCAUUGGAGUUGCCAUGGCGCCUUCGUAAAUGAACACUUCCCUGCUCUGCACACAACAGUAUCAGGGCGGGGGUUAGACAGUGUGUGUGUCACCCUACAGCAUCUAGAAGUGUCUCUGCUCCUCUCAUCAGUCAGACAGUCGGAGGCCUUCCUGGCUGCAGUGGGGAGGUACGCGUGUGUGUGUGAAGACGACCUUACCUUGUUCUCUGUGCUCAGUGGAGCCCAGCCUGUCUCAGACUGGGCCGUGAUUGGACAGGAACAUGUUGCUACGGUGACCUUCUGCCGGCCGCUGGUGCUGGGAGCUCACAGGUUCGUCAAUGUGGGGUUUCCUAAGGCAGAGGACAGGGGCAGACCCCACAGUCUGGUUGUGUGUGGACAGACAGAGGGCCAGGCAGAACAGAGUGUAUGUGCUGUACGCAUGCUGCAUACUACUACCUGGGGGCCCAAACACAGGACUAGAGCUACAGAAAGAACCGCUUACACACACACAGACACACACACAAACACACACACAGACGUGAUGGAGCCUUGUUGUGUAAUUUCCGUGGACAGGACUUUUGACUUCCUGUUACACCACACCCUCCGUCAAACACAGACACGCACACUCCGUCAAACACAGACACGCACACUCCGUCAAACACAGACACGCACACUCCGUCAAACACAGACACGCACACUCCGUCAAACACAGACACGCACACUCCGUCAAACACAGACACGCACACUCCGUCAGACACAGACA